CUCUUCGACCAACAUGCGGACAGCAAUCCUUCUCGCUUUCGGUGCUGUACUUGCAGCACAGGCUUUCCCACAUUCUGGAGAUACGAAUGUCGUCGAAUCCAUGAUCCGUGAAGUCCGGGCCGUUGCUCCCGAUGAUUUGGCUGAUCUUAUAACCAAAGAUACUAAGAAAGCGUUUUUGCACACUUACGGUGACGACGAUGACAACGAGCAAGGAUACAACAAGAAGGUUGAUGAUGAAGGGGGUAAAGGUUACAAGCACUUUGAUAGUUACCACAAGAAGGACAGUGACAAAUACGGGUUCGAAACUCAGACGGCGUUUGGGAAAGGCGAAGGAUCCGAGACGGAGGCUGGAAGUAAAUCCGGAAAGUACAGCGAGACGAAGGAAGACGAUGGAGAAGCUGAUAAGAGCGAGGAUACAGAGGAGGACGAUGCUGACGAUGAGGACGAAGAGGAAACGAAACACUCGUACAAAGUUGUCGAGGAUGUAGAUGAGGACGGUGAGAGUGGACAUUACACCGAAGGAUCCGAAGGAUACAAUUCGUCAGAUUUCAACGGUGAUGAUGACGACAGUGAAUCCAAGUCUUACCACCCAAUCGAAGCAGAUGAAGACGACGAAGACGAUGAUGAUCAGUAG